GAGUUAGUUAGAAUGUACGCGCGGGAAGGGGCCGGGGCGCGCGGGCGAGCGCGGUGCCGCGCUGCCUCGCCGACGAGGUCAGUAUUCUGCGCGAGCGCAGGUAGCCGGCCCCUUCGAGCUUACAUUUGCCGGCUCACAAUGGAGGAAUUUAUAGAUGAAGUCCGGGCUCAGGCUUGCAUAUGGAACCCUAUGAACCAAGAUUAUCGUGACACGCAUGUCAGAGACGCAGCCUGGCAGUACAUAGUACAACGAUGCAAUAACCCAAACAUACCAGAUGUGAGAGCUGCGAAGACAGAAUGGAAGAAACUUAGAGACAAUCACAGGGAAGCCUUGAAGAGAGCAAAGUUAGGACAAAACAAACUAUUACCUGCUCAAAUAACUACGUGGAAAUAUGCUAAAGUCAUGCAGUUCCUGGAGCCGCACAUGAAAUAUCGGAUUACUGAAAACAUCGACAUGGAUCCGAUUCAAUCUCAAGAUAGUAACGCGACUAAGAGUGAGGAUGUGUCUACUACAGAAGCAGCACACAGAGAAAACAGAAAACGGCGAUGUGACUGUGACUAUGGCCCCAAGAGGUCACCGAGCCCAAAAAAGACAGAUGAUGCAUUAGAAGCGUUCUUCAAUUCAAUUGUUAGAAGCACGAGGGAUAUGCCGCCGUGGAUGCAGACGCGGGUCAAAAAGAAAAUAUUUGCUGUGAUCAUCGAGGAGGAAGAAUUUCUGUCGUCGCAAAACCAUAGAAGAGAUAACACUCAUAAUUUUAAGGAACAAUGUAAUUCUCCAAUAAUAAAACACGUAAAGACAGAAGUAUACUCAGACGAUAGCUUCGACGCCGAAGCUACGUGAUGUAGUUAUUCUCCACACCGAAAUUCAUUUCAGACCAAUACCCCGUUUUGACGUGAAAGAAGAACAUUUAUAAUAUUAGUACGGAUCAUUCUGUAUACCAAAAUAAACACAAUUUACCGA